GAAGACCGCUAUAUGAAUAUCGUAGGAUUUUUGUACCCAAACAUCUAGCCUUGCGCUUUCCUUCCUUUGUUCUUUUUUUUUCGUUUCUUUCAGUGUUUCAUCUCUCCCUCUCUCUCUCUCUCUCUCUCGAUUGCUAUCUGCAAAUUCGUUUGCCAUGGCAAUCAGUAUUUUCGAUCACGAACUACCCUUCGACACCCACAACCUCUACGAUGUGUCCUUCGACUCUGACCAAAUCCGAACCCUCCUCACUCGCUGCCCUUCCAUGGUCGACUCCUGGAUUUCCGAUAUCUACCGUAUCCAUCGCCGAGGCCUUCAGCGUCUCGUCGUUGGACUUGAUCUUGAGUGGCGCCCCAGCUUCAAUCGCCAUGUCCAGAACCCUGUCGCCACUCUGCAACUUUGCGUGGGUCGCCACUGCCUCAUCUUCCAACUCAUCCACGCCCCCUACAUUCCUCAAUCUCUGGUUGAUUUUCUGGGCCGAACGGAUUUCACGUUUGUGGGCGUUGGGAUUAAGAGCGACGUCGAAAAGCUCCUUGACGAUUAUGGGCUGGAAGUAGCCUAUGUGGUUGAUCUUCAGCUCCUGGCCGUGGAGGAGUUGGGGACGAUGCAACUGAGGAAUGCUGGGUUGAUGCAAUUGGCUUGGGAGGUGCUUGGAAAGCAGAUUGAGAAGCCGAGGAACAUUACGAUGAGUCGCUGGGACAAUGAGUGGCUCACUUGUGCUCAGGUUCAGUAUGCUUGUCUUGAUGCCUUUCUAUCUCUUGAGAUUGGGCGGCAUUUGAAUGCAGCGGGUUAGGGUUCAUUUGAAAUUUUUAAAUGUGGCUGUCGGUGGUUUUUUUUGGUUGGACAGACUUUUGAAGAAGAUUUGGGAUGAUUUUGUGUGAGUGUCUGACAGCGUAUGUUUGGUUGGGUUUGGACUGGUUCGAUGAUAAUUUCCAUUUUCUGUCGCACGUGAAAUUA